AUGCCUAAGGGACCUCUAAACGGUAAUAUUCCGUGGUCGAGCGACGCCAACAACGUCGUGGAGGAGCCACGGCUUAACAAUAGUGUUUUGUAUUUAGUUAAACAGUUUGGCAAAAAUGCAUUUUGUGCCAUCUCCCUGUGUCAAUGGCUUUGGCAGGUGGGCAACUUUCUGCAUUACAUAAGCCGUUUCGUAUCAGGCUUCGCCAUAGGGUUCAUCAGAGUUUGGCAGAUCAGCUUGGUCACGCUCUCCAUUGUGCCGUUGAUUGCUCUCGCCGGCGGCAUCUACGCUUAUGUAGCCACUGACCUUAUCGCCAGGGUCCGAAAAUCAUACGUCAAAGCCGGAGAAAUCGCCGAAGAGGUGAUUGGCAACGUGAGAACCGUGCAAGCAUUUGCAGGAGAAGAGAAGGCAGUCGAAUCGUACACAACAUCGCUGUUGAGUACUUAUAAAUAUGGGAGAAAAGCAGGACUGGCCAAGGGUUUUGGACUCGGAGCCUUGCAUUGCGUUCUCUUCCUUUCGUGGGCGUUGCUCGUUUGGUUCAACAGCAUUGUUGUUCACAAGAAUAUUGCCAGUGGAGGAGAGUCGUUUACCACGAUGCUCAAUGUCGUUAUUGCUGGCCUGUCACUCGGGCUGGCAGCGCCAGACGUCACAGCAUUUAUUCGAGCAAAGGCGGCUGCAUACCCCAUUUUUCAGAUGAUUGAAAGAAACACUAUCAGUAAAACCAGUUCGGAAAAUGGAAGGAGACUGAGUAAAGUAGAUGGUCAUAUUCAGUUCAAGAACGUGACAUUUAACUACCCUUCUCGUCCGGAUGUGAUGAUUUUCAACAAGCUCUGUCUUGAUAUUCCUCCCGGGAAAAUUGUUGCGCUUGUCGGAGGAAGUGGUUCAGGCAAGAGCACAGUUAUAUCUCUCAUAGAACGUUUCUAUGAGCCGAUAUCGGGACAUAUACUGUUAGAUGGAACUGAUAUAAGAAAGCUUGAUCUCAAGUGGUUCAGACAGCAGAUAGGUUUGGUGAACCAAGAGCCUGCCCUGUUUGCCACUACCAUCAGGGAUAAUAUCCUUUACGGGAAAAAUGAUGCCACUACUGAGGAAAUCAUGCGGGCAGCAAAACUUUCGGAGGCAAUCAACUUUAUAAGUAACCUUCCCGAUAGAUUUGAAACUCAGGUGGGGGAGAGAGGAAUACAACUGUCAGGCGGACAGAAACAAAGAAUUGCAAUUUCACGUGCAAUAGUUAAAAAUCCGUCAAUCUUGUUACUGGAUGAGGCUACAAGUGCACUUGAUGCAGAGUCUGAGGAGAGUGUGCAGGAUGCUCUCGACCAUGUAAUGGUGGGGAGAACAACCGUUAUCGUGGCCCAUCGUCUUUCCACUAUUAGAAAUGCAGAUGUUAUAGCUGUUGUGCAAAAUGGGACCAUAGUAGAAACCGGAAGCCAUGAAGAGCUCAUUUCAAGGCCAAACAGUGCCUAUGUGUCGCUUGUUCAACUCCAAGAAGCAGCUUUCCUUCAUCGGCUGCCAUCUCAUGGUUCUGCGAUGGAUCAAUCAUUAAGCAUUAAGGACUCUCAUGAAGGUAGCAUUAGGCAUUCACAUGAAUUAUCUUGCUCGACAAGAAGCUUUGGUGCAAGUUUCCGUUCUGAGAAAUCUAUAAUCAGAUUCGGUGGUGAUGAACCCGAGAUUACGAGACCUGUGCACAUCUCUUCAAAGAGACUGUACUCUAUGGUGGGACCUGACUGGCCUUAUGCGGUUGUUGGCACUAUUUGUGCAUUCAUUGUUGGGGCACAGAUGCCACUUUUUGCACUGGGUGUCACUCAGGCUCUUGUUUCUUACUACAUGGACUGGGACACAACACGUCGUGACAUUGGAAAAAUUGCAUUCCUCUUCUGUGGUGGUGCUGUUAUAACUGUCAUUGUUCAUGCUAUUACACAUAUGUGUUUUGGGAUUGUGGGAGAACGGCUUACACUUCGUGUUCGAGAAAAGAUGUUUAUGGCUAUGUUGAGGAAUGAGAUAGGAUGGUUUGAUGAUGUGAACAAUACGAGUGCUAUGCUUGCAUCACAACUAGAAAGAGAUGCAAAUUUGUUGCGAACUGUGGUGGUUGACCGGUCAACCAUCCUAUUGGAGAACGUGGGUCUAAUUGUCACCUCAUUUAUCAUUACCUUCAUCUUGAACUGGAGGCUCACUCUCGUUGUCAUUGCCACUUAUCCAUUUCUAAUCAGUGGCCAUAUCAGUGAGAAACUUUUCUUGAAAGGUUAUGGCAUUGACUUGAACAAAGCGUAUCUCAAAGCUAACAUGCUUGCUGGCGAGGCCGUGAGUAACAUCCGAACUGUGGCCGCAUUCUGCUCGGAGGAAAAGGUUCUCGAUUUAUAUGCUCGUGAACUCAUUGAACCUUCUAAUAGCUCGUUCAGGCGGGGCCAGGCUGCUGGAAUAUUUUAUGGAGUCUCUCAGUUUUUCAUCUUCUCAUCCUACGGUCUCUCCUUAUGGUAUGUUGCUUUACAACAAUUUUAUCAUCCAAAAAUAAUUUCGCCAGCUGAGUUUUUACUAUUUUGCACUCAAAUUCUUGUAAGGUAUGGUUCUACUCUCAUGGAAAAGGAGCUCGCUGGCUUUAAAUCAGUGAUGAAAUCGUUUAUGGUAUUGAUCAUAACAGCAUUUGCCAUGGGUGAUGCACUAGGCAUGGCACCCGAUCUCCUAAAGGGUAACCAAAUGGUGGCAUCUGUAUUUGAAGUGCUCGACCGUAAGACUGAGAUAUUAAAUGAUGUUGGUGAAGAAGUUCCGAGAGUAGAAGGGUUUAUCGAACUCAAGGAUGUUGAAUUUAGCUAUCCCUCGAGACCCAAUGUGCUGAUUUUCAAGGACUUUAAUCUAAAAGUGCAUGCAGGAAGGAGUAUGGCAUUAGUAGGGCAAAGUGGUUCCGGUAAAAGCUCUGUCAUUUCCCUAAUACUCAGAUUCUACGAUCCUACUUCAGGAAAAGUAAUGAUUGAUGGAAAAGACAUAAAGAGUCUCAAGCUAAAAUCGCUCAGAAAGCACAUAGGUUACGUGCAGCAGGAGCCAGCUCUGUUUGCCACAUCUAUCUACAAAAAUAUUCUUUACGGCAAAGAAGAAGCCACUGAAGGCGAAAUAAUCGAAGCAGCUACGCUUGCAAACGCGCAUAACUUCAUAAGUGCCCUUCCCGAGGGCUACUCAACCAAAGUUGGAGAACGUGGAGUUCAGCUUUCGGGCGGCCAGAAGCAAAGAGUAGCCAUUGCACGUGCCAUCUUGAAAAACCCUUCAAUCUUGCUUUUGGACGAGGCCACAAGUGCUCUUGAUGUGGAAUCCGAGCGUGUCGUGCAGCAAGCUCUCGACAGGUUGAUGAAGAAUAGGACAACGGUUGUGGUGGCCCACAGGCUAUCGACCAUUAAAAAUGCAGAUCAAAUAUCUGUGUUGCAAGAUGGGAAGAUUAUAGAGCAAGGUACUCAUUCUACUCUUUCGGUGAAUAAAAAGGGAGCGUAUUAUAAGCUGAUUAAUCUACAAAGACAACAGCAACACUCAAUUUGA